AUGGCUUACAACGAUGACUCUGUGUUGGCGCGACUCUCUUCACUCAACGAAAGCCAUGAUAGCAUCGCCACAGCUGCACAAUGGAUCAUGUUCCAUAGGCGCCAUGCUGAGAGGACUGUACAGCUGUGGAUGCAGCGCCUCAAAGACUCUUCCAGCACAAAACGAUUGAGCUUGGUUUAUCUCGCCAACGAGGUGGCUCAACAGUCUAAAAUCCGGCACAAGGAUGACUUUAUCAUCGCAUUUGCGCCUGUGAUUGCUGAGGCCGUUUCCGUCGCCUAUAAAGGAGCACCCGCUGAGCUUCAGGCGAAAUUAAAACGCGUUAUAGACGUUUGGAGAGAUCGUUCGAUUUUUGAAGCACCAAUUCAAUCCGCAAUCGAUGCCCGCAUUGGAGACCUUGACAAGGCCCGUGGUAUGUCCAAGCCCGGAUUUGGAGGCUCUCCAUUCGGUAGUACGAACACUGCCACUUCUAUUCCAUCUGAGUUUGCACCUCUGGUCACUACUCACCAGAAAGUAAACAAAUUGAGCACUCCUCUCAAGACCACUAUCACAUCAGCAGACCAAGAGUAUGAGAAGCAAACUAACCCAUCUACGCCUGUGCCUUCUGCUCCUGUUUAUGCAGCUCGGUUGAAUGGCCUUCUCAAGACCUUGGCCAACGCUGAGAGCGCGGUUGCUGAGUGUGUAAAAGCAAGAGAAGGCCUUGUAUCUGGCCUAGAAUCGCUCCUCAACGCUAACCGUGCUGCAUUGGAGGAAGAGAAGUCUGCUGCGACUCAGCUGACACUCCGAAAGGCUGAGAUUGAAGAGAAAAAACACCAAGUCGAGGUUGGCAUCAUGCGAGCACUGGGCCCAGCGGACAGCAACGGCUCUCCAGGACAAGGGGACUCUUCCGUCACGCCCCCAGAGCCAGACAGACCAGAGAUUGAAGCAUUGACUCCACCGGCAUUUGAACCUUUCGAAGCACCCACCCCUGAGGCAUUGACACCAGAGGGAGAGCCUGCUGCAGCUCCUUCUCUGUCUCCUGUCCCUGUUCCUGCUGCUGCUGCUGCUUCUCAAGACGAAGAAGAAGCACCCUCGUACCAGUCAUUGCCAAUCUCAACCAAUGGGUCGAAUAAGCGCCGUCGGGUCGACACCGAAGAAUUUCCUGAUCUAGGUGGAGAUGAUGGCAUCGAUGCUGACGUUGCUGAAAUGCUGAAGGAGCAACCUCAAUCAUAA